CCAACACGCUCAUCCUGAAGCAUCGCGAUGCGCUCAGGGACUGGAAGCUCGUCGUCAAGAAGGCACCCAACGAUGCGACCGCGAAGCUGCGCAUGGUAGAAUGCGAGAAGAUCAUCAAGCGCGACGCCUUCUUGAAGGCCAUUGAAGUUGAGGAUGCGCCGUCAGUUGCAGAGGGUCUGGAUGUCGAGAACAUGAUCCUGGAAAGUGGCUACGAUGGUGCACAUCUGGGCGACAAAAUGACUCUCGAGUUCGUCGAGGACAUGAUCAAGAGAUUCAAGAAUGGCAAGAAGAUUGCCAAGAAGUAUGCCUACAAGAUCAUCCUCGCAGUCAUGGACAUCUCCAGGAAGGAACCCACAAUGAUCGAGCACGACGUCGAGGACGGACACGAGAUCACCGUUUGCGGUGAUACACACGGCCAGUUCUUUGAUCUUAUGAACAUCUUCAAACUCGCCGGCAAGCCUUCAGAGAAGCACUCCUUCCUGUUCAACGGUGACUUCGUCGACCGCGGGUCUUGGUCUACCGAGAUCGCCCUUCUUCUGUAUGCCUACAAGUGGCUGUACCCCGAUAGGUUCUUCCUGAACCGCGGAAACCAUGAGACCGAUGACAUGAACCGAAUGUACGGCUUCGAGGGCGAGUGCAGAGCCAAGUACACUGAGCGCAUCUUCAAGCUGUUCUCCGAGUCCUUCUCUCUGCUGCCUCUGGCUACGCUCAUUGGCAAAAAGUUCUUCGUUCUUCACGGUGGCCUCUUCUCGGACGACAAGGUCACACUCGACGAUGUCAGGAAGCUCGACCGGUUUAAGCAGAGGCAACCUGGCCAGUCUGGUCUCAUGAUGGAGAUGCUCUGGACUGAUCCUCAAACUGCCCCUGGCCGGGGACCCAGCAAGCGUGGUGUCGGUCUCCAAUUCGGACCCGACAUUACCAAGCGCUUCUGUGAGAACAACGGACUCGAAGCUAUCAUUCGAUCGCACGAGGUUCGCAUGGAAGGCUAUGAGGUCGAGCACGACGGACGCUGUAUCACCGUUUUCUCAGCGCCCAACUACUGCGACAGCACUAGCAACAAGGGUGCUUUCAUCAAGAUUGGCCCCGACUACAAGCUCAGAUACACAAAGUUUGACGCCGUACCGCACCCCAACAUCAAGCCAAUGGCUUACGCCUCGAAUGGUAUGCAGGGUCUGAUGUAAACAUCAUUGCAUUGGUUUGGGUCAGGAUUCGGUUCAGUCGUUCUUCGCAACAUUGCAGCGAUGCAUGGUUUGGUGUUCUUUGGCGCAUCAUCAUACCCUGGGUCGAUUGGGGCUCAGCAUGGGCAGACGGUGUACGGAGAGUGAUAACACUAAUCAAGAAGGGUCUAUUCAUCUCAAGCCCAGCUGCACAGUGACGUUUUGGUGCU